GCCCGCUGAUGGGGAGUUGAGGGUUGCUACUGCUGCGGAGGAUGGCUGCUGCCUGCUGGUGUGAUGCUGGUCUGGCUCAAUGGUUUGAUCUUCCCACUUGUCGUGCCAUUAAGGAAAUUCCAUUACCUCAUGGUAAUGUUGAGGAUCGGUUAAUUUGGCAUGGUAGAUCGAAUGGGUCAUUCACGGUGAAAACAACAUACCAUCUGGAUGUCCAGUUGGACAAGAAGGAUGGCUGGUGGCGUUCAUUAGCCAGUUGGAUGGAUAGGUCUAGCUGGAUCCGUGUAUGGGCCGCUCCCAUUCCUCCAAAACUGAGGGUCUUCCUCUGGAAAAUCUUCAACCGACUACUUCCUACUACAGAAGCUCUAAGAGAAAGGAAGGUCCAGGUCCAUCCAUGUUGCCCAGUUUUUUGGGCUGAGUCCGAGACCUUGGAGCAUUUGUUUCUGGAAUGCUCUGUGGCUAGAGCUCUAUGGGAUUAUGCGGGGCUGGAGUACUUGGGCCAGGAGUUGCCUCGUCACACUUUUCCUUUGUUCCUAAAGAGGUUGAUGAAUAUCAUCCAGCAAGACCAACUGUUUAUGGCGGUUACCGCAGUCCUUUGGCAAAUCUGGUGGUCCCGAAACUAGCUCGUCUUUGAAGGUAAACAGUUUGGCAUUCCAGCUUUAAUGCGGCAAUAUCAUCAGUAGUACCAGGAAUGGAUUAGCAUGUCGGUUGAUAGAUCUUAGGGACCUCCGACUCCCCCGGUGGUGGAUGUUCCUAACUGCCCUAUAAUAUGCAUGUGGGAUGGGGCGACUCAGUCAGUUUCCCAUUCAGCCGGUGGUAUGGUGGUCAAAAGUCAGACUGGGGGAAUUCUCAUGGCAGAGGACUUUAAUUCAGGGGAAUCUAUGACCCAUUGGUUGCUGAAGCUCUAGCCCUCCGGGAAUAGCCCUCCGGGAAGCGAUACUCUGGUGUCAGGAUUCCGGAUUUGAGGCGGUGCGCUUUGAAGGGGAUGCUAAGGUGCUUAUUGACAAGAUCAACCAGUCGGAUGCUAGGGAUAGCCGAGUUGGGGCACUUGUGGAGGAAAUUAUUGGUUUUAUGGGGUCACUGGGAGGUUUUUCUGUGCGGUUUGUAGGUCGGCGUAGUAAUAGAGUAGUCCACUUGGU